AUGUAUAUACUCGUUUACACACGAAUAAUUGCACUCUUUUCUCUCUCUCUCUCUUUUCUCUCUCCUUUUCUCUCUCCUUUUCUCUCUCUCGCUUUUCUCUCUCCUUUUCUCUCUCUCUCUUUUUUCUCUCCUUUUCUCUCUCUCGCUUUUCUCUCUCUCUCUCUUUUCUCUCUCUCUCUAUCUAUAUACAUAUAUAGCGCAUCGGCCUGUGGUGACGCCAAUGCCGCCCUUGCUUCGCAGAUCGUCGACCCCGAUAGAGAGGCUCGGAUAAGGGACUGGGAUGGCGAAGGAGAAAACGACCGAGAGGUAGAAUCAAUGGGGUCGGUGGCUUCAUCUUCGUCUUUCCCAUCUGCUUCCUCCACCCCAGGCCUCCACCAUCGUUUCUUCCUCGAUUUACCCAGUCAGAACGUUGUUGGUCACAGAUCCCACGACGCCGACCGACUCGAUUCAUACGCAAAUAUUCAAGUCUCAAUUCCCCAAACACUUGGAAAUUCAGUGGCUUGGCCAACCCUUGGCUUUUAA